UUGUAUUUAAGCGGAGCUGUUUGCGCUCUGUGUUCUUAAUACCGCAGCACAAACGAACCAUUUACAGUGUUUUUACGCACCACAAUGGGAAAGUGAAACUUACAGAGUGCUGCAGCGAAGAUGGCAGAGAGCAGGGAAGUACGAGAUUCUUUCUCCUGCUCCAUAUGCCUGGAUGUUUUGAAGAGCCCUGUGACUCUUCAUUGCGGCCACAGCUACUGUUUGGCCUGUGUAAAUGGCUGCUGGGACCAGGAGGAUCCGAGUGGUGUUUACAGCUGUCCGCAGUGCAGGCACACUUUCACCCCCAGACCUGUGCUCAGCAAGAACACAGUGCUGGCUGAUUUGAUGGCAAAAAUGUCUGUGGCAGCAGAAUCCACCACUCCAGCGAAGGAUAAAGUCGGACCAGGGGAUGUGGAGUGUGAUUUCUGCACUGUGAGGAAGCUGAAAGCUGUCAAGUCUUGCCUGGUGUGUCUGGCAUCUUACUGUGCCACUCAUGUGCAACCUCACUACAAGUCUGCUGCUUUUAAGAGGCACAAGCUGGUGGAAGUGUCAGCUUCCAUACAAGAGAAGAUUUGCUCCAAGCAUGACAAGCUGCUCGAAGUUUACUGUCGCAGUGACAGCCAGUGCAUUUGUUUGCUUUGUGUUAUGGACGAGCACAAAGGUCACGACACUGUCUCAGCUGCAGCAGAGAGGAAAGAGAAACAAAAACAAUUUGGAAAGAAGAAGCAAAGAUUUCAGCAAGGCAUUCAAGAGAAAGAGAAGCAGCUGCGGCAACUGAGCCAGAAAAUUAAAGGCCUGAAGUCUUCUAGUGACGCAGCAGUUGAUCAAAAUGAGAAAGCCUAUGCUGAGAUUGUCCUGAUGGCAGACAAGAGACGAUGUGCUGUGAACGAUCUGAUCAGAGAUCAGGAGAAGGCCGCGGUGAGCCGCUCUGAGGCCGCUGUGGAUCUGCUGAAGAAAGAAAUCAGUGAAUUGAGGAAGCGGGAGGACGAACUGAAGCGGCUGUCGCUCACUGAGGAUAACGUUCAUUUCCUGCAGCACUGCCAGGGCAUUUUUGACUGUACAGAACCUGAUGUGUCUUGUGAUGUGAACAGUCAACUACACACGCCUUUUGACUUUGUCACAAAAGUUCUUUCUGACCUGAGAGACAAAAUGGAAAACAUGUCCAGGGCUAUUGGACAAAUAUCUGAGACAAUUCAAGUUGAUCCCGAUCCCAAGACAAGAGAGGAGUUUUCCAUGUAUUCCUGCUGCCUAACUUUGGAUCCCAACACAGCAUUUGAAAACCUGUUGCUGUCUGAGGGAAACACUAAAGUAACCUGGAUUAAAAAACCCCAGAGAUACCCUUACCACCCUGAAAGAUUUACCAAAUAUGAUCAGGUGUUAUGCACAGAGGGUUUAUCUGGCAUUUGCUACUGGGAGGUUGAAUGGAGGGGGCCACGGGUUGAGGUCGCUGUGUGUUAUAAAGGGACAGAGCUGGAAGAAAGUGGCUUUGGCUACACUGAACAGUCCUGGUGCAUUUCUCUUUCCAGUUCCGGUUGCACUUUUUGGCAUAAUGAACUCAAAACUAGAAUAUCCGUCCCCUGUUCCUCUACAGUGGGAGUGUAUCUGAACCACAAGGGCGGUAGCCUGUCCUUCUACAGCGUGUCUGAUUCUGGUCAAAUGUUGCUCCUUUACAGAGUUCAGACCACAUUCUCCCAGCCUCUGUACCCUGGGUUCAUGGUCUCCAGAGGAGCCUCAGUUAGGAUAGUCACACCAGAGUAAAGGGCCUUUACUGUAAGAGCUGCUGGAGGAAAGCAUCAGAAUUACAUUAGGCUUAUCUGCAUAUGUUUAUCAGCAUUCCUAAAAUACUCUUCAGUCUAAGAAUACAGUCUGUUGACUCUUGCUCAUUAUAGUUAAAGCUUCCUUGUGUUCUUUAAAGUAUUUUUUGUAUCUGUCUCCCAUUCUGUAAUGAUUACAUUUGUGCCCCGAUCUGGCAAAAGGAGUCACAAGUGGCAGGGGCUAAUUCUUAGGCAAAUAAGAUGAAUUAGCGCUGUAUUGUGAGUCAUUUCCAGGUUCACAGGAUGUACUUGGCAGCAAGGGAGAGAUUGCUUACAUGUUUUAAGCAUUAUUAUCGGCUACCAGUGAUGCCAUCAUUAAAAUUACUUUGCAUAUCUAAUAUGCAUAUCUAAUAUCUGAGUGGCCCCUGUGAGUCUUUUUGCCAGAUUGGGUCACAGUUUGUUGAAUUGAAUUUGUUUGGCACAUAUGUUUAUGCAUAGAAGUCUGAUGUCUUUUAGCAUACAUAGUAUUCAGGAGGGUACAGAUACAUAAACAUACAUUAAUAAAUACAUAUAGAAAGUCCUCUACAGAAAUAACAAUGUAAACCAAGCAUUUCACUCCUAGAAGCUGUUUUAAAUUGUUAAGAUUGUUUUGUAU